AUGCCUACAGGAACUGGGAAGACGGCGGCUAUGAUGUCUAUUUUAACAUCCAUGCAAUUUGCAGACCCUUCAAUGGGUCGUAUCAUCUAUUGCACACGAACUGUUGCGGAAAUGGAAAAGGCAUUGCUCGAGCUAAAGAUGGUAAUUGAUUACAGAAUUAAAGAAAUAGAAAAGGAGAAGCAGCAGCAGCAGCAGCAGCAGCAGCAAGGGCAGCAGCAAGGGCAGCAGCAAGGGCAGCAACAGCUGCAGCAACAACCUCGGGCACCAACAGAGGCCCCCUUGCUGGGGAAAAAGAUGAGAGAUGCUGGAUAUAUAUUGGGUGUUGGUCUAUCUGCGCGUCGAAGUCUUUGCGCAAAUUCUGCUGUCCUUAGAUCAGGAGAAAGAGAAAAAAUUGAUGAAGGAUGCCGCAAGAGAACGGCACCAUGGGUACGUCAAGAUGUACUAGACCGCCGACACGCUCGCCACACCUUCAGCUGCAGCAGCAGCAACGGGAGCAGCAGCAGCAGCAACGGCAGCAGCAGCAGCAGCAGCAACGGUGUGGAAGGGGAAGGUGCAGCAAAUGGUACCUCAACAACGGCAGCGGAUAGCUCUGCAGCAACUUCAGCAGAAGCAGCAGCAGCACAAGCAGCAGCAGCAGCAGCAGCAACAGAUAUUGAAGACAUCGGGACAGGAGAUACACCUGAUGGUCUUUGCGCUUUUUAUGAAAACUUUGAUGAAUAUUUCGCCCCUCAACAUUUCCCAGCAGGUGUCUAUACAUUAGAGGAAUUGAAAGCAGCAGCAGUCCGAUGGCGUCAUCCUUUGCUGCAGCGCUCUCUUCCUCUUUGUCCUUAUUUCUUAGCUCGUCGUUUGCUGCAGGUAGCUAAUGUAGUUGUAUUGAAUUAUCAAUACCUUAUUGAUCCUAAAGUCUCCGAAGCAGCAGUAUUUGGUCCAUCUGGUGCUGGUGGUGGGGGCCCCCUAGGUUCGUACCCUGGGGGCCCCCAUUUGGUGGGUUUUUCUCGUACAGCAGCUCAAGAGCGUUUAUAUCAACGCAAUCAGAAGCAGCAGCAGCAGCAGCAACCCGAUCAGCAGCAGCAGCAGCAGCAGCAGGAUGAUUGGAUAGCAGCAGCAGAUAUAGGGGCCUCUGUAGUUGUAUUUGACGAGGCACACAAUAUAGAUAAUGUAUGCAUAGAGGCCCUGUCUGUACACCUCAAUAAGAAUACAUUAGAUCAGGCUAUAAAGAAUCUUACGGAACUUAGUGAAGACAUUAAAAGGCGCAAAGCGCAGGACUCGGAGAGGCUACGUGCAGAAUAUCAACAGUUGCUGCAGGGCAUGCAGCUGCAGCAGCAACGGCGGCGUGAGCAGCAACUGCAACUGCAAGAACAGCAACAGCAGCAGUCGCAGGAUUCAUCGCAGCCACAGCAGCAGCAGCAGCAGCAGCAGUCGCAGCAACUGCAGCGGGUAACCGUGACACCCGAGACAUUUCAAGCUUUAGCAAACCCUGUCUUACCUUCGGAUGUUGUUGAAGAGGCCACUCCUGGGAGUAUCCGCCGGGCUGAACAUUUUGUGGCUUUGAUGCGACCGUUAGAAGUAACAGACUUGGAGAAAUUAUUGCCAUUAACUCUUGUCGCGGAUUUCUGUACCCUCGUUGGUACUUACUGGGAUGGAUUUAUAGUAAUAGUAGAUCCAUACCCCGAGGCAUCAGGUCUUCAUGAUCCUUUAUUACAAUUAUGUUGUCUAGAUGCAUCGUUAGCUAUGCAACCUGUACUACAAAGAUUUAAAUCUGUUAUUCUUACAUCAGGAACUAUUUCUCCUCUUGAAUUAUAUCCGAAAAUAUUAUCCUUUGUUCCGCUGAUUGCGGAGUCCUUUCCCGUCUCAAUGGAGAGGGCUUGCUUCUGUCCAAUGAUUGUUGCUAGAGGCGCUGACCAGGUUCCUUUAACAUCCAAAUUUGAGUAUCGUCAUGACGUCAGCGUAUUACGUAAUUAUGCAAAUCUUUUGUUAGAUUUAUGUAAAUCUGUUCCUGAUGGUUUAGUCUGCUUCUUCCCUUCUUAUGCUUAUAUGGAAACCGCCAUGUCCUAUUGGUACGAGAAUGGUUUUUUGGCUCAAGUAUUGGAGCAUAAAUUAGUGUUUUUAGAGACAAAAGAUGUUGUUACUACAACCCUCGCUCUUUAUAAUUUUAAGAAAGCAUGCGAUUGUGGUAGAGGAGCUGUAUUCUUCUCUGUUGCAAGGGGGAAGGUGGCCGAAGGAGUCGACUUUGACAGACAUUUUGGGCGUUGUGUGGUUUUGUUUGGCAUUCCCUUUCAAUACGCUCUGUCGAGGGUUUUGAAGGCCCGCUUGGACUUCCUGAGGGAGCGUUACCAAAUUCAAGAAAGCGAAUUUUUAACUUUCGAUGCAAUGCGGCAGGCAGCUCAAUGUGUAGGUCGUGUGAUUCGUUCUAAGAGGGAUUUUGCAUUAAUGAUUUUUGCUGAUGCUCGUUUCUCUCGUGUAGAUAAAAGAAGUAAACUUCCUCCAUGGAUUACUCGUUAUCUAGAUCCUACUAAUAUGGCAUUAAAUACAGAAACUGCUGUACGCCACAAACCCUAA